CUGAUUCCUUACACCAAACCAUCCUAUUUGCAUUUGACUUGACUAUAGUGCCAUUAUUUUAUAUCUCUUUGCUUUUCAUUCUCUCUCUCUUUCUCUCAAAAGCAUUCUCUCUCUUUCUCUCUCUCUUUCUCUUUCUCUCAAAGUGAUAACAAGCAUUCAUGACUACAAGCCUUUGAUCUCCUUCUCUUCUCAGCACCAGCAGAACCUUUUACAGGAUCUUUGCGGCACCAGAUGAACAUACCGGAAUGGUGAAUGAAUUGAACAGAAGUGUUGACUUUGAGAAGUUCUCAUGGAGAAUUGAGGAUUUCUCCAAACAAAAUAUCAUGAAAUUGAAGUCCAAGCCUUUCAAAAUCCGGGGCUGUACAUGGAGGAUCCUUGUGCAUCCACUGAGGAGUGAUGUGAACCAUUUUUCAGUGUAUUUGAUGGUUGCUGAUUCUUUACCACCGUACGGAUGGAGCAGAAACACGUUCUUCAAGUUGGUUCUCAUCAACCAAGUGGACAACAACAAAUCAAUCGAAAAAGAGACCAAGCAGAAGUUCAAUGGGGGACAUCGUAGCUGGGGUUCAUUUUUCUUGAAUCUAAGUGAUUUCUACAACCAUAACCAAGGAUAUCUUGUGAGGAACACCUGCAUCAUUGAGGCACACAUCUGUGUCUCGGAUUUAGCACCCAACAUUCAGGUUCACCCAAACUGUUCUCCCUCUCAUGACUCUUCCUCAGGUGGUCAAGCAACAGAAACAUCCUCGGACAGCAUCAGUCCAAGAACCUCAGGAUCCAGUUCAGCAGAAGGGGAAACUCAAAAUGGUUGUUGUUCAAACAGUUUGACACUGAGAGAAGUCGUGGAUUUGGAGAGUUUAGCAGCAGAAGAAGAAGCCUUUAUUCCACUCCUGGAAGAGGUUUGCAUAUGGCAUCCAAACCUUAUACAGUGCCAGAAGGAGAGAACUCGCAGGUUCAGACAAUGGGCAUUCGCAUCAUUAGCCCAAGUUCUGCACUUUCUCAAGACCAAAAGGGUUAAAGAUAUGACUGAAAAAGACAUAAAGAAUCUUCAUGAUUUGUGGAAGGAACUUGUGAAAUCCUCGGGCUUUGACUUGGCAUGGCUUGAGCCAUAUGUUCAAUCAGCAUUGGGUUUGAAAGCUUACAUGGAAAAAGCAAAGCAAUUGAAGAAACUCAAAGACACUGUGGUUGGUUUGGAGAUAAAAAUGAAGAGACUGAGAGGGGAACUUGCUGCUGCUGAAAGACAAUUUGAGGUUUCAAGAAGAGAGUUAUCAGAAGUAAGAAGAGGUUUCAAUGAGAUGGAUACGAAUUCUCCAAUUGGAUAUGCUAUGUUUUAGUGCAAACUGUUUGAUAUGUGUAUAUGAUGAUGAUGAACUGGUUUUUGAUGAGGCUCGUGCACAAAGUUUUUCAGUUCUAGAUUUGUACAAAUUAUGUUGGAACAAUGUUAGUGGCUUUCGUACGAAGCUGGCUAAAUUUUUUGUUCAGUUCAAAUUUGAUUAAUGUGUAGAUGUACUUUUUUUUUUUGUCUUA